AAAUGUGAAGUUGGGUGCAAAAGAAUACAAUUAAAUCCUCUGUCGGGAAAAAACGAAAUGACUUUCGGAACAACCCCAUAGGUAAUGCGUCAAAAGCUUUAGAUUAAAUUAAAUAAAAAAAUGCCCCAGUCAAUAAGAAAAACAUUUUAAAUUAACCUAACGAACUCACUAUAAUAAAUACGCCGCUUAUCCUGUCUUAUCAAUAAAACUUUCGACCAUAGCACGAGUACAAUCACAGAACAUUAUUGUAUUAUUUUGGUACCUGUUAGGUACUCUUGAAACUGUAUUAGUGUUUUCUUCUGUAGGCUUUUGACUUUUGAUAAAUUUUCUGUAAUUAUGAUUUAGAUUUGAUAUAGGUAAUUGCUUUUACGCUACAACGAAUUUCGACAAAGAACUUUUUGUCAUCGCUCAAUUGCUUGGUUCGUAAUUAUACCUACUGUAGAAGUGGAAAGUAAUAUAUAUCAGAUGAUUUUUAUUCUUUUGGAAACGACUCUCACUAAAUAACUUUUUAAUUGCGUGGAAUAAUUGAGAAUUGAUUACACAAUAUCGUUCCUGCACGUUCAUCCUGCAGAUCUAUUGUUUUCUGAACACGUUCACGACGGUUUUGUUUCCUGUAAUUUAAUAAUAAUUAGCGAAAUUGUGCCUGUUUCUGUAGUUAUAAAACAUAUGCAAUGAUUUGUGUUUAUAUAGUGCGCAGUCGAAUAUAUUUAAGGUAGAUAUAAAAAAAUAAACUGACUGUAAAAAUUAGUCUUCAUGUGACAGUAUUUAAUCAAAUUGCAGCUAGUAGUAUUAUAAUAUUAAUCGUCAAAGCAAAGUAUGCUGUACCGAUUUUCAGUUUUUCUCUUAAUUUACGUUGCUCUAGCUGCAGAGCUGCAUCAUGAUAAAUUGGAAUUGGUAUAUUACGAUAAAAGCUAUAUAAAAAAUCCAAUUUUUUCAAUAAGUGAACUCAAUGGACAGUAUGGAUUUAAUAUAUCCUUUGAUUUAUUAAAAGAUCUUGGAAUGCAUGUAAAGCUCAAUAUAAAUAUUAGCAUGCAAGAGGAAAAUAGUAAAGAAUAUACGUCAAUGCAAAAUUUUGAAGACAUGGACGUAUGCGAUAUGUUGAAAUCUGAUAUGUUUGGCAUAAGGAAGCUCAUGGCAGUCGCUAAUAUUACCGAUUGUCCUUGGAAAGCGGGUCAUUAUAAAAUGCUAGAUUUAAAAGGAGAUCCCAGCGGGCUACCCCCUGUACCAUCUGGCAAUUACAUGACAGGUAUAUCAGUAUUUGACGAUAAUAAACUAUUAACUGAAAUGGUAUGGAUGGGUUCAGUUACAGAUACUUGAAUAUCAUUUUUAUGUGUUGUUAACUAAAAACAUGUAAAUUAUGUAUUGCAAAUGUUAAAAAAAUAUUAAAAUUACAAAAUAAUCAAAGAAACGUAUUUAAAUAAUACGCUAUUGAGGAUAAAAAGAACUAAGACAACAGUGGAAUUUUAUUAAUUGAUAUGUCUCCAUAGAGGCGAUAAAAAUGAAGAGUGCAAUUAAAUGUAGGGGUGCAUUUUUUGAUAACGGAGUAAAUUUGGCCGUUGUCCAAUUUUUCGACUAUUAUUCAAAAGCUAUAUAACUUUAACUUUAACUUUAAUCCUUCUAAUUCUUCCUUUAAUGUUUGAACUAAAUGUUUUUUCUUGCCAUUAAAGAAGCAGAAUACUUCGGAAGUGCAAAUAGAUUUCAUUUAAUAAUGCUACGAAUAAUUAAAAUCUAACAAAUCCUAUUCGCAAUGUUGUACAUUUCUUUGGGAAUUUUUUUUGAAAAGAAAGCCAUAUUUUAUGCAUAAAAUAGUGUAUAAUGAACGGUAAAUACUGAUUUUCUACUGAGGUUGAAAUAGUGGACUAGGCUGUCGCAAUUUCGAGGAUAUUUUUGAGAAAUGGAGAAAAAUUGAUAUUUUUAUUUGUGUCAUAAAUAAUCACAAAUUGUUUCGU